GGGCGGGGCCUCCCCCGACCUUGCCCAAGAGCCCCGCCGGCCUCCCGCGCUCUUUCCCUGCCUCGCUCGCUCGCUGCUCAGCCGGAGGUCGCUUGCUUUGCCGGAGCCGCCGAGAUGUCGCUCUCCCACAAGCUCACCCUCGACAAAGUCGACGUGAAGGGCAAGCGCGUCGUCAUGAGGGUUGAUUUCAAUGUACCAAUGAAGAAUAAUCAAAUAACCAACAAUCAAAGAAUCAAGGCAGCAGUCCCGAGCAUCAAGCACUGUCUGGACAAAGGCGCCAAAUCUGUAGUACUGAUGAGUCAUCUGGGCCGGCCUGACGGAGUUGCAAUGCCUGAUAAAUUCUCUUUGGAACCGGUAGCAGCUGAACUCAAAUCACUGCUUGGCAGAGACGUCAAAUUCCUGAAAGACUGUGUGGGUUCAGAGGUAGAGGCAGCUUGCGCCAAUCCUGCAGAUGGCUCCGUUAUUCUUUUGGAAAACCUCCGAUUCCACGUAGAAGAAGAAGGAAAAGGGAAGGAUCCUUCAGGCAAUAAGGUCAAGGCUGAUUCUGCAAAAGUGGAUGCUUUCAGAGCAUCACUUUCUAAAUUAGGAGAUGUUUACAUUAAUGAUGCUUUUGGAACUGCACAUAGAGCUCACAGGUGAGCCUUUGUUGUCACAUUGGGCCCUGAUCUGAUUGGCUGUUUUCUUGUCAAGCAUUUUUAUUUCAAAUAUUCCACAGAAACAUUUAACAACUUGGAUCUCUUUUUCUCCCUGCUUGUUAGAGCUAAGGUUCAGGAUAAGAUUCAGCUAAUCAAUAACAUGCUGGAUAAAGUCAAUGAGAUGAUUAUUGGUGGUGGAAUGGCCUUCACCUUCCUCAAAGUACUCAACAAUAUGGAGAUUGGCAACUCUCUGUUUGAUGAAGAAGGAUCAAAAAUAGUCAAAGACCUGAUGGCCAAAGCUGAGAAGAAUGGUGUCCGGAUCACUUUGCCCGUUGACUUCAUCACUGCAGAUAAAUUUGAUGAGAACGCUAACACUGGGGAAGCUACCCUGGCCUCUGGCAUCCCUGCAGGCUGGAUGGGAUUGGAUUGUGGCCCUGAAAGCACUAAGCUCUUUGUUGAAGCUGUGGGCAGAGCCAAGCAAAUUGUGUGGAACGGUCCAGUUGGUGUCUUUGAGUGGGAGAAGUUUGCCAAAGGAACCAAAGCCGUGAUGGAUAAAGUAGUGGAAGUUACCAGCAAAGGCUGCAUCACCAUUAUCGGUGGAGGAGACACUGCUACCUGCUGUGCUAAAUGGAAUACGGAAGAUAAAGUUAGCCACGUUAGUACAGGAGGUGGAGCCAGUCUGGAACUUCUAGAAGGUAAACUUCUUCCAGGCGUCGAUGCUCUGAGCAGCGUGUAAUGCAUAGAACGGGGGAUAAAAAACACCACUUCUCCGACUGUUCCUCUGCGCCUGCAUUUAACAUAGAUCCUGCACUACCACCUUCGUAACUGUGCAAGCAGCAGAGCACAGGGAGAACAUUGGAAGCAAGCGGAAUCAGGCUCUGUACUGUAGAGAUGACCGUUCACCUAGCGCUGAUUUGUCUGUUGCUCUCUCAUCUGAACUACUGUAUUGCUAAAACAGUUUCUGUUAUUUUCACAGUGUACAUAUUCAUAUUUUGGCCUUUUAACAUAGGCAGAAGUUCCCUGAUGUCAGGUUUUCAAAGCCACCCAGUUUGCUUCCGUGGUACUUUAGGUGCUUCACAUAAUCCACAAGCAAGCACAGAACAUACAUUUCAAGAUAUGAAUGUAAGCUUUCAAAUAAAUGUUUACGUGUGAGUAGAAA